ACACAUCAUUUGUCCCUUUUCUCUUGCAUUUUGCUGCAGCUGUUGUUGUCGUCAAAGAUGGUGACCAAACUAGUUCAAGAAAGAAAGUUACCCACGCACACUUUUAGUUGAUGGUUUGAGAUUAUUCAUUAAAAACCAUCAUUAGUUGAAAAAGCUAGUGACGGGAAAAUCCUCUACUUAGAUCAUAUGGGCGAGCAAGAUCUUUCUUGAGAGUCAAUUCUUCUUUGAGGUGGCUGAAUCCACAGACAAGUUUUUCUUCCUUCUCGGACAAAAAACCUUUCCUAAGUAUCUUUCUUGGUACAUCUCGGCGAGGUGGAAAUUGAGGGCUGGUGCUGGCAAGGAUGUCUUGCAUGAGGCGGCGACAGAUUUUCUCUACAAGUGGUCAGUCAUAAAUGUGAGCUUCUUCCAUUUUUUCAAAAAAAUCUUAAAAGACAAAGGUUGAAUAAAAAAAUAGUAUAAAGAGAGAUGAAGGUUGAAAAACAAAAAAGAAAUAUGGGGAUCGGGCAAAAGAAAAAAAGGAGGAAGGGUUUAGCAUGCACGCGCAAAGGGAAGCCCUAGCCCCUAAGAAACAUCUUUGACUAGUCAAGUGAGUGACUACAGAGUAGUAAGCAAAGCAACUCAUUUCGCCUGCAUAGGAAGGGGAGCUCUUCUUCUCACAGAGAGCACAACACUAUGGAAGUAGAUCUGGGUAACCAGAUAGUUUUUUUCAGCCUAUAGUUAAUCAACAUGGCUGAUGGUCAUGAGUCAGACAAGAAUAUUGAGAUAUGGAAAAUCAAAAAGUUGAUUAAGGCACUGGAGUCUGCAAGGGGUAAUGGCACGAGCAUGAUAUCUCUUAUAAUGCCUCCUCGUGAUCAAAUAUCUCGGGUCACAAAGAUGUUAGGUGAUGAAUUUGGAACUGCUUCAAACAUUAAAAGUAGGGUCAACCGCCAAUCUGUCUUGGGUGCCAUCACAUCUGCUCAGCAGAGGCUGAAGCUUUAUAACAAGGUUCCGCCGAAUGGGCUGGUGCUUUAUACGGGAACAAUUGUUACUGAAGAUGGAAAAGAGAAGAAGGUUACAAUUGAUUUUGAACCUUUCAAACCCAUAAACGCAUCAUUGUACCUCUGUGACAACAAGUUUCACACAGAAGCACUCAAUGAGCUCUUAGAGUCUGAUGACAAGUUUGGUUUUAUUGUCAUGGAUGGGAACGGCACCUUAUUUGGGACACUGAGUGGAAACACACGAGAAGUGCUCCAUAAAUUUACUGUUGAUUUGCCAAAGAAGCACGGAAGAGGAGGGCAGUCUGCUCUGCGGUUUGCUCGACUUCGGAUGGAAAAACGGCACAACUAUGUGAGGAAAACUGCAGAGCUUGCCACCCAGUUCUUCAUUAAUCCUGCUACCAGUCAGCCCAAUGUUGCUGGGUUGAUACUAGCUGGUUCAGCUGACUUCAAGACUGAGCUCAGCCAGUCAGAUAUGUUUGACCCAAGGUUGCAAGCCAAGAUAUUGAACGUGGUUGAUGUUUCAUAUGGUGGAGAAAAUGGUUUCAACCAAGCUAUUGAGCUGUCAGCUGAGAUUCUAUCAAAUGUGAAGUUUAUACAGGAAAAACGUUUGAUAGGGAAAUACUUUGAGGAGAUCAGCCAGGAUACUGGGAAGUAUGUCUUUGGUGUUGAUGAUACAUUGAAGGCUCUGGAAAUGGGUGCUGUCGAAAUCCUUAUCGUGUGGGAAAAUCUAGAUAUCAAUAGGUACACGCUGAAAAACAGUGCUACAGGAGAAAUUAUCAUAAAGCACUUGAACAAGGACCAAGAGGCUGAUCAGAAUAACUUUCGGGAUUCAGCCACUGCUGCAGAGUUGGAGGUUCAGGAGAAGAUGCCCUUGCUUGAGUGGUUUGCCAAUGAGUACAAGCGAUUUGGUUGUACACUUGAAUUCGUCACCAAUAAAUCACAAGAGGGAUCGCAGUUUUGCAGGGGGUUUGGUGGAAUUGGUGGUAUUCUUCGCUACCAGCUUGACAUGCGAUCAUUUGAUGAAUUGUCCGAUGGAGAAGUUUAUGAGGAUUCCGAUUAGGAAUUCAUGAGUAGUGUUAUCACAGGACUGUGAAAGCUUUUGCCAAGUUCGGUGGGCCUUUGUUGCUGGCGGUGCCCGUGAUUUGAUCAAAACAUUACAAGAUUUUUCUGCUUAAAUAAUUGCAUAUUCAGCUGUUCAUCAUCAGAUAUUUUGGAUCGUUACGGUUGGCCAACAGUUUCCAUUUUCUUCUCUUCGUUUCUUUCUUUCCUUUCUUUCCUCUUUGUGAUCGUGAAUCCUUGCAAUGUGUCAAACUAUUCCAUGAGGAUCUCACAAUCACGAUUUUACCAUAGAACAAAAGAAUUGUCUAAUUGUUUGCUUGCUGUUUUUGUGCAAUUAGUGUUGUUGAUGAUGCGGACAGCUAGCUAGCCAUGGCAUAUCAUGCAACUUUAUGUUAGUUAUA